GCGCCCCCGGGGGCGCAGCCAGGCCCCGGAGAGGCAGCGUUUUGAGGCGCCAGGGCCCGCCCGCCGCGGCCGCGAAAGAGGCCCUGGGCCCCAGCUCGCCGGCCGUCCUCGCCCACCUCGGCUCGCUUCGUCAGCGGCCGGCCGCCAUGGCUUUCGCCGCCCGGGAGAGCGCUAGCUCGAAGCGCAGGCGGCCGCCGCGGCACCCGGUGCUGCGCGGGCUGCUGUUGCUCUGCCUGUGGCUGCCGAGCGGCCGCGCCCCCGCCCCGCCAGCCGCGCCGCUGUCCGAGCUGCACGCGCAGCUUUCGGGCGUCCAGCAGUUGCUGGAGGAGUUCCGUCGGCAGCUGCAGCAGGAGCGGCCGCGGGAGGAGCUGGAGCUGGAGCUGCGCACCGGCGGCGGCCCACAGCAGGGCUGCCCGGGCCCGGCGGGCGGCGGCUACAGCGCCAUGCCCGACGCCAUCAUCCGCACCAAGGACUCCAUCGCAGCCGGCGCCAGCUUCCUGAGGGCGCCGGCAGCCGUGCGGGACUGGCGACAGUGCGUGGCGGCCUGCUGCUCCGAGCCGCGCUGUUCCGUGGCUGUGGUGGAGCUGCCCCUGUGGCCGGCGACUGCGGCCACCGCGCUUGGCUGCUACCUCUUCAACUGCACUGUACGCGGCCGCAGCGUCUGCAAGUUCGCUAUGCAUCGCGGCUACAGCAGCUACAGCCUCAGCCGCGUCGCGGAGGGUGGGCAGCAAGGCCUGGAAGCCGGCUUCCCGGCCACCGCUCGGGCCUCGCCUCGGCUGGAAAAGGAUGAGCCUCCACUUAGCAAGGCUGGGCAGGAUGUGGUUUUGCGUCUGCCGGUAGACGCGGUGGUUUUGGAUGGCCGCGAGAGCACAGAUGACCACGCCAUCAUCCAGUAUGAGUGGACACUGCUGCAGGGUGACCCAUCAAUGGACAUGAAGGUGCCUCAGUCAGGAACCCUGAAGCUGUCCCACUUACAGGAAGGGACGUACACCUUCCAGCUCACUGUGACAGACACCGCCGGGCAGAGAAGCUCCGACAUCGUCUCGGUGACAGUGCUCCCCAUGGCCUUCUCCACGGGAGGAUGCUUGAAAGUCUGCUCACGCUACCACUUCUUCUGUGACGAUGGCUGUUGCAUUGACAUCACCCUGGCUUGCGAUGGAGUAGAGCAGUGUCCGGAUGGGUCUGAUGAGGCCUUCUGUCAAAACUUGAGCCUUGACAGGAAAAUGGUGACUCACGUGGCACCUGCCCAGCCUAGAACCACUGGACUCAGCCAAGAUGCGGCAGGGAGCGUCCUGUUUGAAAAGUCCCAGAAAGCCACUGCCCCAAACUGGCCUUCUACAUCAUCAGACACGGAGAAGAGGAAUCAUUCCACCGUUUGGGGACCCAAGAGUCAAAUUGAUCCUGUGAUGCCAGAUAGCGGUUCCUCAGGGAAGAACAGAAAAGAGGAAAAUUAUAUUUUUGAGUCAAAGAGCGAUGGAGGAGGGGCACACCCUGCCCCAGAAACAGGUGCAGUGCUGCCCCUGGCACUGGGUUUGGCCAUCACUGCGUUGCUGCUGCUCAUGGUUGCUUGCCGACUACGCCUGGUGAAACAGAAACUGAAGAAAGCUCGUCCCAUUACAUCUGAGGAAUCUGACUACCUCAUCAAUGGGAUGUACCUAUAAUAAGUGUCACUGAAGUAGCUGGGUGGGGCAAGGACACGUUUCACUUAAAAUGAUACAUAUAUUGGUUUCAGGAUAUUUGUAACUUGUUUUUCACUGGGCUAAGAAAACUACUGAAAACCCAGAAGAUUCUACAAUCCCCAAACUUUGUUCUUAUUUAUUGUAGAUUUUCCUUGGGAGAUACGUGACAUAUUUUGAAAUUUAGAGUCUAUAUGGUUAAAGAUUUUACAAAUGUAGUUCUGAUUUACCUAAGCUGUCCCUGAAAAUAGAAAUAUGUAGUUAGCCAAGGCAGAAAAUUUAGAAUCUCAAGAGGUGGCCUUAGAAUGGCAGUGCUAAUAACCCUGUACUUUUUGGAAGCCCCUCGUUGCCUCUGGCAACCUGUACCACCGUGUGCACCGCCUGGGUCUGUGGCCUUCCUAUUCCUCACUUUAAGCUUCCAAAGUUCUGCUUGUCCUUCUCCCCUUCAAACCUGUUUCUGAGAAUCAAUCUCAAGUGAGUUUAUAGCUUCGAUGAGAUGUUACCUAUGGCAGGAAUAUCUAAACUGUAAACCUUACGAACAGGUCAGUGAUGUGUCAGGGGAGGUGAAUGUGUGUUCUUCCAAUGCCUCUGACAUCGUGCUAUGCAGGUGGCUGCCUCCUUAGGCUGACCUUUGGGAGAAAAAACUCAGACUGGAUUACAAAUACCAUUUUUCCCCGAAAAUAAGGCCUAGCCGGACCAUCAGCUCUAAUGCAUCUUUUGGAGCAAAAAUUAAUAGGUCUUAUUUUUGGGGAAACACAGUAGCUCUAACAUGGUCAUAAAAUGAUAUGAGAAGUCAAGGUGGAAGAAGAGACCCUGGCAGGUCAAAAUUGUAACAGAAACUCAGCUGAGGGCAAAGUGAGCAAGGAGGAGGAUUAGUCCUUUCUUGUAUCUACUCGACACUGCUUGAUGGUCUAGAACACAGCAGCUCAUUUUCAGUCACUGGGUUUCAACAUUAGUAUGCGUUGAUGGAAGAGAAAAAUGCAUUUAAAUUGAAAAGCAGAACCUGGAGUCGAUUUCUGGGUGCCGCUUUUAUAAAAAUGUCACAUGUUUAAGUAUCAGCAGGUUCUCUCAUCCAAUGGAAUGAGUUCUUCCCAUUAUUUAUUUGAUGCUAUAAAAUGUUAUGUGCCAUUAGCUAAUGCCAGGCCAUGUAUUCCCAGAGUACAAAGCAGUUUUGCACAAAUUUAUCUUUACAGAAAACAGGAAUCUAGCUUAGCAUCUCUUCUAGUCCGUAGGAUUGUAAAGGCAAAUUAUUUGCAUCACCAGUCAUUGCCAGGAUUACACAUGUUCUAAAAAACACUCUAGAACACAUUAGGUUCACAUGAACCUGAAACAUGUUGUUCGUUUAGCAAAGAGCUUAAUUUAAGUUGGAGAUGUAACAGAAUACAUUAACAAAUGGAAAGUUAUUUCUAGUAAAAUGAAAUUAAUUUUUAUUUUCUGAAAACUUUAAGCAUUUUGUUGAAUGUUUAGAAUUGAGCAAAAUUUUAAAUUUCUCAAGGGCAGUUUAGAGAAAUGACUGUGAAUGAACUUCAGAUGUUUGUAUGCUGUAUUGAUGCUGUGCAGUUUGUUUUUCUAUGGAAGGAUGUCAUCUAUAGCCAUACCCAAUAAAAGAAAAACUGUUGAGGCAUGUCUUUCAGCACAUCUUUUAUACGAAGAAAUUAAACAAUUUAGGAUUGCUAUGGUGUUGAAAUACUUCAGAAAAGAUGUCCUAUAUCUAUGUGUACAAUAUUCCUUUAAUAAAUUGUAUUUUAUUCUUA